AUGGCCAUCCUCGACAGAGUUCCGGGCGAUGACGAGUUGUACAUUGGCGGACUGUUCACAUUACGCCGCAAAGAAGCGUUGCAGGCCGCUGGCAUCACGCACGUACUGUCCGUCUUAAGGCUGCCGCUGGACGAGACUCUCUUCGAAGGCUAUGCCCACAAGGUUGUAGAGGUCGACGACGUGGACGAUGAGAAUUUGCUGCAGUACUUCCCCGAAUGUGUCAAGUUCAUUCAGGAAGGACUCGAUGCCGGCGGGGGAGUGUUCGUGCAUUGUGCAAUGGGCAAGUCACGCUCUGCAACGUGCGUCUGCGCUUACUUGAUCCACCGCUACGGCAUCAGCCCUAUCGAGGCCCUGAUGAGGAUACGAGCCAGCAGACCGCUCGCUGAACCGAAUGACGGCUUCAUGGACCAACUCAAUCUGUGGGAGGAAAUGGGUGCCCCAGGCGACCUCGAUCAACUACCAGCCUACCAAAGAUGGCUAUAUCUCCAAGAGGUCAAGCUCAGUCGAGCAUGCGGCCAACCGCCGGAAGCGGACAAGAUCAGAUUCGAGGAUGAACAUUCCCAGGGCUCUGGUGUCGCGGACUUCGAUCUUCGAUGUCGGAAAUGCAGGCGAACUCUCGCAACCUCACAGUAUCUCGUGAGCCACCAACCGCGUCAAGAAGCCAGCCAAAAUUCGCCAAAAUCUCCCAAAACAACAUCUCCCGCAUGUGCCCACUACUUCCUGGAUCCACUAUCUUGGAUGAGGCCGGAGCUGGAACAAGGAAAGCUAGAUGGAAGGCUCGAAUGCCCCAAGUGUAGGACAAACGUGGGCAAGUAUGCUUGGCAAGGCAUGCAAUGUAGCUGCGGAGACUGGGUUGUAACUGGCAUUAGCCUGGCAAAGGGAAGGAUUGAUGAAGCAAAGUCGAGGGCUCAGCAAGAUGGCGGCGCGGCUCUAGGCAUCCGGGUGCCACCGUCAGCAACCAACAGCAAGCCUGGGCCUGGGAGGGAGAACCUAUGA